AUCUGGGCAUAGCUUCUGGUUUAGAUGGAGAUCAUGCCAGGAUCUGAUGACGGUUCCGGGCCCCUCCUCAAUCGCUUAGCGAGAGUUCCCGAGGCCCAGGUUCAGCCCAGCCCGGUGAUGCAUUCACCCCGUCCAGCCAGCCGCCUUCCUUCUUCUGUUCCUUUUACGUGCGCAAUUCACAGCCAGUAGGUAGGUAUGGUGGAUGAUACGACAACUGAGGUAUGAUAUGGUAUACCUACACGUGUUGGACCUCCGGGCGCCUGGCGGUUUGUCCCGACCUGCUCGAUCGCUGGCGCCGACACAUGCUCUCGCAUCGGCUUUCUGGGGGGUGUUUAGAGAAAGCGCUCACUUAGUAGUAACCCCCACCCGCCUUCGCCUGAACCCCGUUUCGAUGCGUUGGAUGAGGCAGGAGCGCAUGCAUACGCCAGCCUCACUCCCUCGGAAAACAGGACUCGACGCUGCGGAUUCAUGGCACGCACGACAUGCGACAUGCAGUGAGAGGAGUCAUCGAUCGCGGCUGCCAAGUGGCAUAUUCUGGUGUCCAACACGUCUUCCGGCCCUAUUGCCCCCUUUUUUCGUCCUUUUUUUUUUUUUCUCUUUUUCUUUUCUCUCUCCCUCCUCCCUCGCGUCUUUUCUUCAGGCAGCUGGCGUCUAGCGACUGAUGUAAGGGACGGAACGAGCGGGAUUGGUGGGUUCGAGGGUUGUUGUCUUGUUGUGUUGUCUUGCCGUCAUUCGCUACUACGACGCUGCGAUGCAG